GCCGCCGCCCCCCGCUCGCUGCUGCUGGCCAUGGACGGGAGAGAGGACGCGGAGUACGACUUCCAGGCGGCGUUCGCCGAAGCCCGGCGGUGGCUGGAGGCAGUUACCAGGCAAAGCUUUGGAACUAAAGACUUUCGAGCAGCUCUAGAAAAUGGAGUCCUGUUGUGCGAUUUGAUUAACAAGAUCAAACCUGGCAUCAUUAAGAAGAUCAAUCGUCUGCCAACUCCAAUAGCUGGCUUGGAUAAUAUAAAUGUUUUUCUGAAAGCUUGCGGAAACAUUGGACUGAAAGAAGCUCAGCUUUUUCACCCAGGAGAUCUUCAGGAUUUGUCCAAUCGAGUUACAGUCAAACCAGAGGAGACAAACAGAAGAGUGAAAAAUGUUUUGAUUACAUUAUACUGGCUUGGGAGGAAAGCUCAAAGUGACCCUGAUUAUAAUGGUCCAUACCUCAAUCUCAAAGCAUUUGAGAAGUUAUUAGGGCAAGCAUUGAGUAAGGCACUCGAAGAGUCCAGCCAGCCAAGCAGAAGUGGCAGAGAUAGUGGGUACGGCGAUAUUUGGUACGUUGACCGGGGAGAGCCUUUCCCAUCUUCAGUUACUCAUAAAAGAGACGAUUCCUUUGAUAGCUUGGACUCUCUUGGUUCAAGGUCCUGCACGAGCUUUUCAUCAGAUAUAACCUUGAAAGGUGGCAGUGAAGGUUGCGACAGUGACAUAGACUCGGAACUGCCUUCCAAAAUGCAUGACUCCCAUAAAGAUGACAGGUCUUACCGCAGGAUUUCGAUGAUUGAACCAAAACCUACCACUGACUUCAACCGUUUCUUACCCAACAAAAACAAGCAGACAGCAUAUGUGCCAGCGCCUUUAAGGAAGAAGAGGACAGAGAAGAAUGAGGACAACAGGAGGAGCUGGGCAAGUCCUGUUUUCACCGAGUCAGAUGGAGCAUUUUCAAGUACCCAGAGGAGGCAGAGGCAAUUGGAUACUAAAGGCGAAAACAAACCAAGAGUUAACAGUCCUUCACAAUUAUCUGGGUAUUGUGAUGAGGACGAGGAAGAAGUAGGCAUCCCAAACAUUGAAAAAGAUGAUCUCUAUUUUCGCAAGCUAAGUUCUUCAGCGCCAAAUACAGUUGUUGCUUUUGACAAAUUUCUUCCUAAGUUUUGGACUCCAGAGGAGGAAUUGCUAUGGAAAAAAAUCAAGAAAUCCUCUUUCAAACCCUGGUAUAAAGAGAUUCAAGGGUUCAGUAGAAAGAGAUCAGAUUCUGAGGAUGAGGAAUUUGCUUACAAACAAAGCUGUGCUAUUGUUGCUAAUCAACCAAGACCAAGUUUUGACUGGAACAGUAGCUGCAGAAGGGAUCAGAGUUAUAAGCCAACUGCUGAAUAUGUGGGAAGCUCAUUGUCACAGAUUGCAGAAGGAAAAAUCUUGGAGUCUCCUGAUCAGCCCAGUCAGUUUUCGUUACUUCAGGCCCUGCAAAAAUACACUGACUACGUGUCUUCUGAAAUGGAGACCAGAAUUGAUCCCACUUCUGGCCCUAGGCUCAUAAAAUGUAGAAAGAAUGUUUCCUUUAUACCAGGAGGCAAGCAAGGAGAUGAGGAGAAUGGAUAUCUAUAUCCAGAUUUGGAAAAUGAUGAUUUGUUUGUUCGGAAAACUGGGGCUUUCCAUGUGAAUCAAGUUGUUCUUCAAGACCCCCGGUAUUUAAAGAAAUUGGCUGAGCAGGAGCCUCCUCUAGAGGGUGAGAUAAUUCUGCAACCCAGAGAGGGCCAAACUGUGAUUCCAGAUUUGGAAAAGGAUGACAUGAUUUUUCGUAAAGUCCUCUCUCAAAAAAAAGAGGUGCCUUUAUCAGGUGCUCCCGACAAGUAUCACCCAGCACUGUUUCCUGAUCCGUGGAGUCUUCCAGAAGAGAUACGGUCCAAAUUUCUAUGUUUACUUGAAAAAAAUGCGAUACCAGAGGAAAGGAAGAGCAAUGGCAGAGUGCUGUCACCAUCUUUACACCAUAAGAAGGACGAUAUGCUGACCCGCAAGAUUGAAUCUUGGAAAGUGGGAAGCAACGUCCAGCCAGUAAAUUUUAUCCCAGGUCCAUGCAGUGAAGAAGACUGGAAGAAGUGGGAAGCAAUCAGGGAGGCCAGCAAAGUUAGACACAAGAAACGGCAGAUGGUGGAGAGACUGUUUCAAAAGCUUUCUGAUGAGCAAGGGAGUAAGUCUUUGAAUGAUGUCAGUGCAGAGGAGCUGCAGACACUGCGCAAAAUCCGUUAUGAAGAGCUGCAGAAGAUAAAAGAACAGUUACAAGAGCAAGAUCUAAAGUGGCAAGAAGAUCUAGCAAAAUGGAAGAGUCGUAGAAAGAGUUACACUUCAGAAUUGCAAAAGAAAAAGGAAGAGAGAGAAGAAAUUGAAAGGAGAGCCUCUGAGGUUUCUGGAAGGAGUACCAAGUCACUGAAGGAAAUGCAGCAGGAGAGGGAAGAGAGAGAUCAGGAGUCCUAUGAGCAGCAGAAACAGGAGCACAACUGGGUGUCCUCACUGAAUGAUGAUGUGUUCAGUGAAGACAAAGCACCUUCCACAGCAGCAGAAGAUUGGUCAGCAGCCAAAGAUCACCAUUUGGAAGAAGAUGCUUCCCACAGCACUAAGGACAGUAAAAGUGUGUACACCACCCAGCCUCCCAAGGAGAACCUGCCGGAGAGCUCGGCUGCUCGAGAAGCUCCUGCUCCUCCAGAGAGCCUGGAGCGGGAGCAGAGCCCGGCGCUUUUGUCCACUCGUUACUCAGUGAAUGCUCAAACUGGGUCAGCUCAGGUUUCAGCUUCUCUCCCGAGAACUUACCAGAAAACCGAUACCUCCAGGUUAACAUCUGUGGUUACACCAAGACCUUUUGGUGUCCACUCAAGAGGAAUCUCGUCACUCCCACGGUCGUUCACGAUGGAUGAUGCUCAAAAAUACAAUGGAGAAGUAGAAAAAGCUAAAAGAACUCAAACUUUGUUCACCAGCUUUUCACAACCAGACUCUGCACACCCUCUCUCCACUGGUGUAUUCAGAAGCAGAGGUGAGGAGGAAGAGGAGGAAAAAGGUGUUCAGUCAACACCUCCUCCCAGUUUGGCAUUACCUUUAAAGUCCCAAGACCAAGAUGCUGGAAGUAGUAUUCCUAAGCCAGAAUAUGGCAUUCCUCCUGAUUCUCUUUCACUUGCAUCUUCUGCAGAAACUGCGACUCUGACAGAGCCUAAGGAUUCAAAAGCCAUGGAACAGUACAGUGAAAUGAGAAUCAGUAUAAACCAGAGACCUGGCCACAGUCGCAGCUUUGGGUUUACAACAAAUUGGAGUUCUUCAGGAGCCAUUGUACAGACAGUUGAAGAAGGCAGCCCUGCAGCACUUUGUCAGCUGCAUGUAGAUGAUGAGAUCAUUGCUGUCAAUGGCACAAAGGUUUCCCAUAUGGACCACAGUCAGUGGGAAGAAGCCAUCAACAGAGCACUAGAAACUGGAAACCUGGUCAUGGAUGUCAGACGAUAUGGAAAGAAGGGUACAUCUGAAAAUAAAUGGAUUGAUGCAACUUCGGGAGAAAAAGUUUCAAAUGCUUCCACCAUAUCCACAAAAAGAGAUUUCUCCAGCAGCCUUCAAAGUUCUGAUACAGAAACAAAAUUGAUAAAUGGAAUGCAAGGAGAUCUUGGCUCUAAUGAACAAAGAGGGUCAUCAGGUUAUUCUUACAAUUCAUGGGUCUACCUUUGUGGAGGCCCAGAGCCUGCAAUGCCUGAUCUCCCAGUGCCCUCCAUCAGUGCUCCUAGCCGUCGGGUUUGGGAUCAAGAGGAAGAGCGAAAACGACAGGAAAAAUGGCAAAAAGAGCAGGACCGUUUGUUGCAGGAGAAAUACCAACGAGAACAAGAGAAACUGAGGGAAGAAUGGCUACGAGCUAAGCAAGAAGCGGAAAAAGAGAGCUCCAAGUAUUUUGAUGAGGAGCAGACUGUUCUAACCCUAAAUACAACAUCUAUCACUUCUCAGGCUCCACCUGUGUCCAGCUGGACAGCAAGCCCAGAAGCAAAUGCUCCCAAGGAGCCAGAACGAGAUGGAGAAAAUGAGCUGGCAGCGAGCUCGCUGCAUGAGGAGGAAGGAAGGAGGAGGCUUCAGGAGGAACGGAUGAUCCAGGAAGAAGCAACCAGGCAUUUUGAGCAAGAACAGGAACUCCAAGAGCUGGAGCUGGAGAGACAGCGUAAAGAGAGGGAGCAGCAGCAGGCUGAGGAGCAGAGGCGGCAGGCAGAGCUGGAGGAGCAGAGGCGGCAGGUGGAAAAGCAGAGGGAGGCGUCAGUGGAGGUGCCUCAGUACCAAAGACAUUACGAGCGCUAUGAAGUAUCUAAAACAAUAGAGGAUCGAGCUGGCCAUCCUGUCAUUGACAGACAUUAUGAGCGUUAUGAAGUUUCUAAAACCAUUGAGGCGCAGCCUGGCCAGUCGUUUGCUGACAGGAAUAAGUCAAAGUCAACUACAGAACUGAAUGAAGUCAAUACAAUCAGAAAUGGUACCCAGAGCAAGUAUUCAGAGAGGUCCUGGAACAUGGGUGAGUCGCAGAAGAAGUCUCAGAAGGAGCAAAACCUGUCUGCAGCAGAGCUGGAGAGACAGCAAAUCCUUCAGGAAAUGAGAAAGAAAACAUCUCUACACACGGACAGCAGCUGGAUUAGGCAGCGCAGUGCCAGUAUACAUAAGGAGCCCAUUAGUCUGUACAGCAGUAGUAUGAGGAGAGGGGAGUCUUUGGACAAUCUUGAUUCUUCAGGAAUGAGGUCAUGGAGGCACCACUCACGGCUGAACCAGUCUGCAUCCUCUUUAUCUCUAUCUUCUAGUCAAGAUUCUAGCCGCCCGGUGUCCACCUCAAACCGAGCCUACAUGUGCACCCCUUCCUCCAGCAAAGCACCUCCUGUGGCCACCUCUGCAAGAGCCCCCUCCACGUCCCAGACAGCUCCCAGGGCUCAGUCUCCCCUCUCUGCUUCCCAAUCAGGGUCCCAGACACGCAGCAGUGUGUUGCCUGUGGAUGCGACCUUGGUGGAUCCCGCUCUGGAGCUGAAGUCAGGAUCCGAAACAACAAACUCUUCUGCAAUGACUGCUAUAUCAGAUUUAAAACUGGACAACCAACCUGCAUGUGAAGCAAAUGAAGAUAUGAAACCACUGUUGCAGAUACAAGAAGAGGUGAUUGCUGCUGAUGUAGAUCUAUAAAUAUAUAUAUUGUGUGUAUGUGUGGUUUUUUUCUAAGAGUAACUCUUGCUUGUCUAGUCUUCAUAGCAAUACCUUGUAUUCUUCAUGUAACUAUUUUUAUUUAUAAGAAAGUAACUGCAGUAAGGAAAUAGCUGGGAAAAAUGCUUUCACAUUUUCAGCUUCAAGUACCGAGAGCACAAGAGAGAAUAAGUAUAUUUUCAGUAAUAACUUCAAAAUAUUUUUGAGGCUUAUAAUCAACUAGUUGACUUUCCAAUGGUAUAUGAAGAGGGUAUUUUGUUUCUAAGCUCUUGAAAUGAGCAUUAGAGAAAUAGCUAAUAUAAAUAUAUAUUUGCAAUUGCUGUCUUUAUUUUUGACAUAUACUGAAAGUGAAUUCUCUAGGUUAAUAUGAAGCUGCAUUUAAAUGCACACAAAUGUGUUUGCUUUCCAUAUGCUGGUUUCUAAAAUUAUGUGCUUUUUUGAAACCUAAAUACAAAGAAUAAUCUCAGAAUUUGCUCAGUGGUGUUGGCAUAAUAUUCUGUGGAAUCCAUUUAAGAGAGAGAGUUUUCUUUUCCUGUUUGGAAAUGUAACUAUCACUCUUUCCUCUGCAAACUGAGUGGAGAAUGGUUGUUGAAUUACCAUAUAUUUGUAAAUAAAAAAUUGGAUGUUGCA